AUGGCUCAGCGACUUACCCGCGAGUCGUUCCCGCAGUGGAUUCACGGCCUCGAUGCGUUCCUUUUCGACUGCGAUGGAGUUUUGUGGCGUGGAAAUGCUCCGAUUGACGGUGCGGCGACUAUGAUUCGACUUUUGCGACAGCUCCAGAAGCGCAUCGUCUUUGUAACCAACAAUGCCACGAACAGUCGAGCGACUUACGUGAAAAAACUCGCAUCGCAGGGCAUUCCUGCUGUCGAGGCCGAUAUUGUCACUUCUGCAUGGGCUACCGUGCAGUACAUGAAGCAACGCAAGAUCGAAGGCAAGGUCUACGUGGUGGGUGAGGCGGGUCUCCAGACGGAGCUCGAGAUGGGAGGGUAUCAGGUCAGCGGCAUGGAGCACAGCGACAUCAAGGGGCUUCCGCACGUGCCGGAUAUCGACAUGGAAACAAAAGCUGUUGUCUGUGGACUCGACCGGUACCUUUCGUACUACAAGAUGGCGCAUGCUACAGCGUGUGUUCGUCAGAUUCCGGGCUGCCACUUCAUUGCCACCAACCCGGACUCGACGUACCCAACGGAUGGCGCCGUUGUUCCUGGCGGUGGCUCUCUGGUCCACAUGCUGGAGUGCGCUAUUGGCCAUCCUCCUGAGGCAGUGUGUGGCAAACCGUCGCAGGACCUGCUCCAGACCAUCGUUGCCACUUACAAGCUGGAUCCUUCACGCACGUGCAUGGUGGGUGACCGUCUUUCGACGGACAUUGAGUUUGGCAACGCCGGUGGUCUGCACACGCUAUUGGUGCUGACUGGCAUCACGCACGAAUCUGAACUAGGCAGCAUUGCGAAUGCUGUCCACGUGCCUGAUCACUACGUCGACUCCGUGGACGUGAUCAACCAGCUCCACACUGAAACGAGCAUGUAG